AUGGCCAUGGAGCCCCGUGCCGUUGGGCUGAUGCGUGCCGCCAGCCCAGAGGGCUAUCGGCAAAUGUCGCCCGCGUCGAUGUGUGUUCCAGUGCUUCAGCCAUCGCUGCUGCGGUCCUCGAUGCAGCCGCAGCAAAGCGCUUCCAUGCUGUUGUCUCCGGGGCGUGGGGUCAUCGUGACGCCAAGAGUGCAGAUGACGCCACGAACUCACGUGGGCCCUUACGUCCAAGCGCCGGUUUUGCGCCUGGGGCGCCCAGACAUCCAGCCGCCGGUCCCUUUGAGAGCACACUCGCCGGGACGGCCGCAGCUGACUUCCCCCAGGCAGAGCCUGGGGCUCAGCCCGCGGCCCCUCCGCAGCCCUGAGAAGUCCGAGGAGUCCUUGGCGCAGCAGCUCAAGGCGCUGCAGGAGGCCAAGUCCUCCGCGCGGGCACAGCUGGCGCAGAGCGAGCAGGCCAUUGCUGCAAGACAGGAGCAGCUUCGGAGGGAGACCUGGAAGGCCCUGAAGGUCAGCGGCCGAUGCUUUGCGCCCUCCCCCUUCUCCGAGGUGAACUUCAGUCAGGGUGAGACGCUGGACAUGGGCAGCCCCUUCUCAGUGCUGCGCACGGAGCCCGAGGAGGAGCUGCCGGGGGAUUCCACGCUCUCCUCGCACGCGCACCUGCCGCCGCCGGAGGAGACGCCUCGUGAGCCACGCCUCUCGUCGGCUCCGCGGGAGGCGGAGGCGCGAGAGGCGCCACAGGCGGCGCCGCGGCCGCGGGAGCCGGUUCGGGAGGUGCGGGAGGAGCUGGCGCACGAGCGGCGGGGGGCCAAGGCGGCAGCAGGACUCGCAGCACUGCGAGGCAGCCGGGCCAAGUCCUCGCCAUCCGUGCGCUCCACUUCCGUGACUUCCAUGACUUCCAUGACUUCCCUUCGGUCGUUCUCUCAGGAGCUUCAAAGCUGCAAGGCCUCCUUGGAGAGCUGUGCGCAGCAGAUCUCCACCAAAGACCUGCGGGACCUGCGCAUGCUACGCAGGGCGCCGCCGCAGGUGGCCAGGAUCCUCGAGGUCAUGGGCCUCGCGCUGGGGGAGGGCAAGGUGAACCUGAAGAGGCUUCUGGUGGACACCUUGCCUGCUCGGCUUUCGAGCUUCCAGCCAGAGGCCCUGACUGCUGCACAGCGGGCGAGGCUGCGGCAGCGGCUGGGUGCCGAGCUCGGUGAGGCCGCGAAGCUCUACCAGCCCUGUGCCUCACUUGCCAGAUGGUGCGAGUGUUUGGGCACCUUCCUCGAACGCACUUCUGCUGAGAAUUUCACCGAGCCUUUGGAAGAGGAGACUUUGCGGGAGGUCCCCGUUGCUGACGGUGAAGCCAACAUCUACGUGGAGCCUGACCUGCGGAGCUUGUCCCCGCGGAAGCUCCGGGCGGUGCCAAACUUGACCCUCACCAAACCGGGCGUCGCCUCGGUGGUCUUCCACGGUGACACCGACUGCACCGGUUUAGACGUCGAGCGCGACGUAGUCCUCAAGAGGGGGUACGUGCUGGUUUACCCAGACCCCAUGAACAAGCCGGCGGUUGGUGAAGGUCUCAACAAGGCGGCCACGGUGACAAUGUAUCAGUGCUUUCCUCCUGGAGAUUUGAUUCAGGAUGAAAAUGCAGCUCAGGAGUACAGGGACAAGAUCAGGAGGAUGACCGAGGAGAAUGAUGCGUGCACCUUCAUUGACUACAACUGCCAGACUGGUGUAUGGAAGUUUGAGGUGGAUCGCUUUUGA